CGCUGUUCUGGGCUUCGUACGAUUUUUAAGAAGCUGUUAAAGAUAAGUUAUUCGAAACCCUCGAAAGCCGUAUGUGGUAAUGAGCUACACGUCAAGGCGUGUAUACAGGAUGAAGUGUUCCACCACACUCUACUACGCUCGUCGAAUGAUUUUCGAACUUUGGUGUUUUUCAUGCCACCCACCUAUGCCGUCAUUAUGUUGUUCGAUGUAACACUGUUCACAUACGUCUCAUCGGGGCCUUUCUGGAGACCUAUCGAACGCGCAAGGAUGUCGCCUCGCCUGUGUAUGGGUUGGACAUGGUACCUGGCGAACGACAUUCAGCUGCAUUACGUUGUUGCUCCUAUCUUGUUCAUCGCCUUUGCCACGAAUAUUCGUUGGGGAAUGUUGAUUGGUGGACUGAUGAUGGCUGGUUCUUCAAUUAUUCAACUGUGGAUUGUCAUUGAAAACGACUAUCCACCGGCUCCAAUUCUCACGGCUAAACUUCAAAUUGUAAAAACAUUGGACCGCAUAUUGGAAAGAUGUCUAUGUGAGACCAUAUGUUCGUUGUGGUCCGUUCAUUGUUGGCGUGACCGUUGGAUUCCUUCUGAACUAUCUGACACAAAAUCAAAAAGACACCAAAUGGGUCCUUCUUGGUUGGACUUGCUCAACAGUGCUAGGCCUGUACUCUGUAUUCGGCUUGUACGAUUAUGCCCGUACAGGCGAUAUCUCGGAGUUUUGGAGAGCGUUAUAGUUGGUCCAGUGAGUGUGUGGCGUCGGUGUGGGUGGGUGGAAGUUCUUCAUGCCGUUGUCGAAGAUCACCUUCUGUGCUUAUCUUCUUCAUCCAAUAAUGCUACAGAUCUACAAUUUCAGUCGUCCACAACCGUUUCACUUCACCACUGGCUUUCAAAUGGU